CAAUUUGGUUUCCAAAUAUCAUGCUUAUAGCAUUUACUUACGCAACGUUUUGCUCUCGCGAUUACCAUUGUUUAGUAUGACGAAAUCGGCCCCUGGUCGCUUUUUGCGUUAGUGUCCAAUUUUAUUUCUAGGCGUAAUAGGUGUCAAAAUUUAAUUUUAAAAGAGCUCAUUGGUCGCGAUUUUGAGGUUAACGUCCAGUUUUAUUUCUAGGCGUGCUAUGUGUCAAAAUUAGAUUUAAACGAACUCGCUACUUUCGGAAAAAUAUUAUCAGGAACCAAGAGAGCUUACACACACUUACUCACAUGAUGCAAAUGUCGUUGCUGUACUAAUUAUUUCGCAGUUCUAGACCCCAAGGCAAAUUAUCUAAAUAAGGGGUCAUUACAGUUAUUAUUAAAGCAAGAAAUCCGGACAAUGGCUGAUAAAGAAGCGCUUAACCUUGGUAGAAAGAAAAGGCGGUCGACUUUAGGGAAGAAGCUAGGCGUACUAAACAUGGAACAACCCAUGAAGACUCGUGUUAACAACCAGAUGUUUUUCUCUGCUGCUGUUUUUUCGUCGAGAUCUGCACACAUUCGCCAAUCAUCCGCGAGUAUCAUCAGGCAAAGCAUCACUGACUCCAUCGAGAAGAACGUUUGCCGUCGAGUGGGGCUUCACCAGGCCUGCAAAGAGGGUCAAAUUGAUGUAGUCAAGAAUCUUUUGAGACAGGGCUCAUCUACAAUCAAUAACUUGGAUGACAGCGGUUAUGCCCCACUACACUAUGCGUCGCGCUAUGAGCGAAUCCAGAUCGCUGAGCUGUUGAUUACGCAUGGAGCUGAUAUUAACGUUCGCACGUCCGACGAUCUCCGCAUGACCACGCCCCUUCACCUUGCCGCCAAGUUCAACUCGUUUGGAAUAGUGCGCAUGCUCAUGAGUCACGAAGCCGACAUUGACCAGCGGUCACUCUUUGGGCAUCAUGCGCUUCACUAUGCUGCCCGUAGAGGAAGUGUUCACAUGGUCAAGCUUUUUCUACAAGAUGGUGGCGUCAGUCCUAACAUAACAGAUAACGAGAACGCCACGCCUCUCCAUGUCGCCUGUCAAAGCGAGCGCCUCGAUAUAGUGGACAUUCUACUGCGGUACGGUGGCGACCCAUCCCAGUGUGACGUUGAGGGGUGUAGCCCGAUGCAUAUCGCUGCCAGGGAAGGACGGUCUGAUAUACUCAGACUAUUACUGGAUUAUGCACGUAAGAUGGGCGCCUCGUACUGUGAUAUCCUUAACAUGGAUGGACAAAACACGAACUCCUGUCUGCAUAUUGCGGUCCAACAUGGACACGUCGAGGCUGCAAAGGUCUGUAUAGAAUAUGGCGCCGAUGUAUCGGAGGCGCAGAGUGAUUUAUGCACCCCCCUCCAUGUGGCGUGCUCCAGAGGCGAUUUCGAGAUGACCCAUCUUCUAGUGACUCAUGGUGCUGAUUUAAACGCUGAAGACGCGGAGCGUAUGACACCUAUACUAAGAGCCUCCCUGACGGGCGAUGUAAAGAUAAUUGAUUACCUUUUAAACAACGGCGUGGAAAUCUCCCCAAGCCCCGGGUCACGUGCUCCGUCUCCACUUCUCUGCGCAGUCAAGCGCUGCCAUUACCAGGCUGUCACUCACAUCCUUCAAAGGGGUUCUCCCAUAGAGUUGCGUGACACCAGCGACAGGACUGCGUUACACAUCGCCGUGUACAGCGCAGAUGCCAAAACCGUCUCUAUUUUACUAGAGAAUGGCGGCAAGGGUCUUCUCAACACAAAAGAAAGAGACGGGAAAAGCCCAUUGCACUAUGCUGCCGCCAAAGGAGAUAUAAGGAUUAUACGUCAGCUGCUAGAGGCAGGCUCUCAAGUUGACCAGAAAGAUGACGAGGAGAGAAUUCCGCUGCAUUACGCUGCCGAGAAUGGUAACUUGUGUGUUGUUAACGCGCUUCUGGACAAACAAUCUUCUACUAUCGACGAUAGGGAUUCCAGACUUUCUCUCACAUAUGCUGCUGCGGGCGGUCAUGUAGCCGUUGUUAAAUACCUGCUUGACAAAGGCGCAGAGAUCGAUACAAGAGACUAUGAUCGCACCACCCCUCUUCUAUACGUCGCCAAGGUCGGUUGCCUCAGGACAGCGAAAGUGCUUCUUGACCAAGGCGCCAAGAUUAACGCCACGGACAAGAACAGGUUCUCCGCACUUAUCAUGGCAGCUGGAUGUGGAAGACACGAGCUAGUCACCAUGCUCCUUGACCGAGGAGCAGACAUGUCAAUCAUUUCAAACAGCGGGCAGAAUUGUUUGUUGGCCGCUAUAGAAGCAGGACAUAGAAGCGCAUGUAUGGCCAUCAUCAAGCAUGAACGGUGGGAAGAGGCUUGUAACAUAAAUGCUUGUGACGUGAACCGGUCCCCUAUGAAAUGCUUAAUCGAAAAAUUCCCGGAUGUAGCCAAGAUUGUAAUGGACAAGUGCAUAACCAGGUCAGAGCACCAAGACAGUGACGAGAAACUCCAAAUCACUUACAACUACAAGUACCUUGACCCUGCACCUGAAAAAGACACGGUUCUUAUUGGAAAGAAAUUUUUCGCGCCAAAGGCAAUGCUACAGAAUGAACGAAGAGAUUUGCUCUUUCACCCGCUGACAUUGGAGCUAAUUCGAUAUAAAUGGAGUCUAUUUGGUCUUCGAUUUUUCUAUUUGGGUGCAAUUCUCCACCUCGUGUACAUCACUGUCCUCACGUUCUACGUGCAGUGUCAAAAUGAGCGACAUAUAGACAGGACCUGGUCAAACCGAACAACGACAGCCAUAUUUGAUAAGGUGUUGUGCAACCAGUACACAGUUGAUGCCGCUGAAGUUGCAAUCCUGAUCAUUUCAGUUUUCAAUUUAGGCAUCGAGUUCUAUCAAAUGUACACAGAGAAAUGGGACUAUAUAGAAACGAGUAACGUGGUCGAGUUCUCGACGUUCACGUGCGCGCUGGUCGCACUCGGGAUAAAGUAUUUCACCCAAGAGGGAGAUGAUUUGUAUUUAUACUGGAGUUUCACCAUAGUCUUGGUGUUACUCGCGUACCUCACCAUGCUUCUACAGUUUCAAAGUUUGUUUCAGAAUGGAAUCUACGUCACGAUGCUGUUUGAGGUUCUCAAGACCCUUCUGAGGGUGAUGUGCGUGUUUUUGCUGCUCUUCUAUGGUUAUGCCGUCGUCUUUCAGCUCUUGCUAUCGAAGGAAUCCAACUGGAUGAUGACAGGCCACAAACCAGACUAUGAAUCCAUUCAAACUGACCCAUUCCAGAAUGUCAGCUCAUCAUUUCUCAAAGUCCUCGUCAUGACAAUCGGAGAAAUCGAGUACACAAGAUUCUUCGUCGACGAGCCUCUCGCCCUUCCGAACUUGUCCAGAUUAGUGUUUCUAUCAUUCUGCCUGUUCCUGCCGAUAGUGCUUAUGAAUCUUACGAUUGGUCUUGCCGUUGGGGACAUCGAUUCUAUCCAGAAGAACGCGGAGAUCAAAAGACUGGCAAUUCAGAUCGAUUCUAUCUACGAAUUUGAAGAGAAGCUACCCUGCUUUGUCUAUUGUCGAUUCUACAAAUCUGAAACCGUGAAAAAACCCAACGAGAAGCCUAAGACAGUCCUUCAGAAGAUAAAGGGGCGACUCAGUAAUCGUCUGUUGGAGACAACAGAAGGAGUGUUGGAAAAUAGCCCUGAACGCUGGUCAGACGUCACCGACAAUCUGACCAAUAAGAUGCAAGCACAGGAAGACCGAAUGGAACUAAUCUCGCAAGAGAUGAUAAAACAACGAACGAUGCUAGAAAGGAUUUUGGAAAAAAUCGACAAAGAGCCCCAGCAAGGGGACACAGUGCUAUAGAAGCCAAAAUACAGCAUUGUAGCCCCAUUGUUACUGUUGUUGUCUUAUAUAUUGAUUGAAUAUUGAUUCACAUAUUCAAUGAGAAUGUCAAGAAGUCAAUCAAAAUUGAAACGGCGGGUUUAAAACACAAGCUUCAUAUGGAAUGGCUCGAGCUAUUGGAGAGAAGAACAUCAACGAAAUCUAGACGUCGGGACAGAACUGAAUUUAUUCCAAGACAUUCAGCAAUCACACACGGGGUAGACACUUUACAAAUAAGGGCAUGAUGUCCAUAUACGGAAAUUUAACACAAGCUGCCCAAAAUAGGAGAAUUAGAAACGGACAUGCGCACUCUUUACAACUUACACUCGCACAAAAUAAAAUCAAAAGCAACAUACACCUAUUUCAAAUAAGGAUGCACUCGAGAAUCCGUGUGUCGUAACCCGCGUUGGUUCAUGGGUAGCGUAUGAAUGGCUGAAUCCUUGUAUCUGAAAGCCAUGUGAUUGUUCAUAAAUAAGAAGGUAAACAAGAAUCUACAGCUUUUGAAACCUGGAUUAGUAUGUUAUUUACGGUCUUGUGCUUAUUUAUUUGAUACCCAUGAAGCACUGCGUGUUACGAUACACAAAUUUACCGAAUGCAACGGGCCUUAUUUGAAAUAGGUGUAUAACCGGAGCAGAGGUUCAAAUGGUUUCAAGAGCCUUUGUGGUGGCGCUUUUGAUUUUGAAUUUUAGAACAAGGAAGCCAAGGAAGCGUAAACAGCAGCAGACUUAAAAAAAGCACGCAAAAUACACUCGCGAGCUCAAUCCCGAUUCAGGAUGGCCGCGUAAUUUUCGAUACAGUUGCGAUGUGUUAUCGAUGUUUUUUGUUCCUUCUUUCUCUUUUUUCUUAUUAUUAUUUAAAAAUAAAUAAACUCUUUCUCACCUAA